UUUUUUUUUAACCAGCUGCUCGGAUCCUCCCACAACCUGGAGCCAGGAAACUGUGGUUGCCUAGCAAGUUUUUUUUUUUAUUAUCCGCGGAGCAAAGUUUUCAAGACGUGUUUUCUCGGGUCAUUUUUUUUUUCUUUGUUUGGGCUGUUGUUCGUUCGCAGAAGCUUUUUUUUUAGCACACUUUCUCCCCACAGAGGACCAACUGGAAGCGCGGAAAAAUGUCGGUCGCAGGAUUCAAGAAGCAAUUUUUCAAAGCCAGUCAGUUGAUGAGUGAGAAGGUGGGAGGGGCAGAAGGAACCAAGCUGGAUGAAGACUUUAAAGAACUUGAACGAAAAGCAGAUGUUACCAGCAAAGCAGUGGUGGAUGUCAUCAGUAAAACGACAGAGUACCUGCAGCCCAAUCCUGCGUCCAGGACUAAGCUCAACAUGCUCAACACAGUGUCCAAAAUCCGUGGGCAGGUGAAUAGCCCUGGCUAUCCCCAGUCUGAGGGGCUACUGGGAGAGUCUAUGAAUAAAUAUGGACGGGACAUAGGCGAGGACAAUAACUUUGGUGGAGCUCUGCUGGACGUUGGAGAGGCAAUGAAGAGGUUGGCGGAGGUCAAGGACUCCUUGGAUAUUGAUGUGAAGCAGAAUUUUAUCGACCCACUGCAGGCAGUCGCUGACAGGGACAUCAAAGAUAUUCAGCACCACUUAAAAAAGAUGGAAGGCCGCCGUUUGGACUAUGAUUAUAAAAAGAAACGUCAAGGUAAAAUCCCAGAUGAGGAGAUCAGGCAGGCCCUGGACAAGUUUCACGAGUCCAAAGAGAUGGCCGAGAGCUCCAUGCAUAAUCUGUUGGAAACUGACGUGGAGCAGGUGAGUCAGCUGUCUGCCUUUGUGGAGUCCCUGUUGCAGUACCACAGGCAGGCCACAGAGGUCCUGGAGGAGGUGACAGAGAAACUGAGAGAAAGGGUAAACGAAUCUCAGUCCCGUCCCCGUCCAAAGCGCGAACCUAAACCCAGACAAUCCUUUGACUAUGGAGACACGGACCCCUCCAACGACGGAUAUUCAUCUGCCGCCGUGAGCCCUCCGUCAUACGCUUCUGCAGCCCAAGCAUACCAUCCACCUCCGUCCAUGAAAAAGCCCUCCAUCAGGAGCAAACCGCGGGAGCCGUGCUGUAAAGCCCUGUACGACUUUGUGGCUGAGAACGACGGAGAGCUGGGCUUCUGCGAGGGGGAAAUCAUCACGCUGGUCAGUCAAAUCGACGAGAACUGGUUUGAAGGAAGACUCCGCGGACAGUCUGGAUUAUUUCCCACCAACUACGUGGAAGUAGUUGUGCCUCUGUCACGCUAACACAAGAACGGCGAGAAGCAAGCAUUAGAAUGAAGCCGAACGGGAAAGACUGAGGUUUAGAAAUAUAGUCACAGAAACAUAGCAAGGAAAUUGUUUUUUUUGUUUUGUUUUUUUUUUAUCUUUUGGGAUUUUUAUUUUUAUUUUAUUUUUUGAGUAAAAAGGAGAAACUUCCUAUUUUGUUGCGAUUGAAUGGAUUUGCAAACAUAGGAACACAAAGGACAACCGUUGGUCCAGUCAGAGGUGAUGCGUGAUACUUGGGUGCAAUUGCCACAGUCUUUGUAAAACGUUUUUUUUUUUUUUUUUUUUUUUUUUUUUUUUUUUUUUUUUUGGCACCUUUGCACUUUGUACACAACGGCUCCAGCUGAAUGCUAAACAGAACCAAACGUCGUUUAGAUGGGCAUCAGUAUCUAAUCACUUUCUAUGUCUUAUUGAAUUUCAUCCUCAGUAUCGUGUUCUGUGUAUUGCAGAAAAUUGAGCCACACAAAACCAUUUAGUUUUGUUCUUUAAUUCUACAGUUUUAAACAUCUUGGGCUACAGACUUGAGCACCAAAGCAAAAUAGACACUACUGGGAACCGUUUGUCGUCAUCAAACUUUUGAUCCUUUAUCGCCAUCUGGUGGUUCUAUGCAGGGUGUCAGUCUUGUUUUUGUAUGUGUGUGAUCAACCAUGAGUUCUGACACGUUUAAGAAGUUCACAUUGGGUGUGUUGUUCUAAUUGGGAGUGAAAGCUGAAACUGGAUAUUAGAUUUGCAGGUUCUGCUGACAUAGGCUAUUUUGGCAACAGAAAAGCCUUGAAUUUGGGUUUUUAAAUGCAGAGAUACUCUGCAAAUGCACUACUUGAUUAUAUUUAUUACACUAGUACUGCGUUACAUUUGUCUCCGAAGUCCGAGCUCAGAUUAGGAAAACGCUCGACGCCGAGCUCAGCAGGUUCUAGUUGGCAGAUUUAAACCCAGAGGGAUUGUCUAAUUGGUGCGGUGCUAACUGCUAUUCACAGCACAAGCAGAAUCACAAAGAGCUAAUGAGGGUUUUAUGGGUUCUGUACCCUAACCCGAAUGAAUAGAGGCUUGUCAGUGCUGUGUGUGACUGAUUCAAAUAAACACUAACUUUUAGAAAUAAAACGUUUUAUACCUGCAACUUUCACUACAUUUUAGAUGUGCGGCAGCCAUGUCGAUUGCAGAAUCCAUGGCCGCUCUGGGACUUCCAUCUUUCAGGAGGCAAUUUUGUUGUAUUCCCACCUGGGAACGCGUUACAAAAAUCCAACUAGUAAAUUCAAAUAGAAGACAUCAUAAAUCCCUUGUUUACUUUUUAUUCUCCUAUUUAACUGCCAAUAUACUGGUCUUUAAAAUCACUCUAAAUAUAUUCACUACUACCAAAGAAAGGUUGCCCAUGUUUCUGAACUCAGUCCUCUUAUCAUUACAGAUGCUUGUAUUUUAUUCAGUCUAAUUUUAACUUGAAGCGAAACCCUAAACAAUAAAGAGCCAAGACUGAUUUAGUCCGUAUAGUGAGUAAUAUUUAACCAAAAAAACAGCAAGAGGGUUUCUUUGUGUUCCUCUGCUCUCUCAGGCUCGGCUGAUGCUGCUGGCAGUGUCGUUUGUUCUCCACGGCUUUUUGUUGGCAAAUGUUUGUUUGCCUGUGAAUGUUCCAUCUAUGAUCUCCUCGCGCCCCUCAGCUUUGUGUAGGCUCUGCUUUGAUUUGGGGCAUGGAAAUGCAUGGUGAUGUGAGCUUGGUGUCGCCUUACCUGCCUGUGCACCGCGGCUUAUGGGGGGGAUGCUGUCUCCCAGUGUGAUUUGUGCGCCGAUUUUUACAAAUAACAAGGUCUGUCCACAAUAGCUGGCUUCAGUUUCAGUUAAGCCUAUUACAAGAAAACUAUGAACUGUCACGGUUCAUGCAGUUCGUUAAAAUGCCAACUUUCCCCUCUUGUCAUGAUCCCCUUGUUAAACUGCUCCCCCCUUUCCUGCCCCGCUCAUCUUUGCCGUCUCUAUUUAAAGUGCAAGUGGAACAGACAGGUCUUUUUUUUUUUUUUUUUUUUUUCCUGCAGAGAAGGAGACACAACAGUGGAUUAUGCCCUCCCCCCACCACUCUAUUCACCACCUGCCCCCCUUCCUCAUUAUCUGUCCCGUCCCAAACCCACGGUGCCUCUGCACGCUCAUUCUCUUAUGCAUGCUUUGCAUUAUAUCCACACUGCCUGUCCUGCUGCGGACCUCCUUAAUGCAUACGUUAUCAGCGGUGUGUUUAGGACCCUGGCUGCGCUGAGUAAUAGCUGUGGUUCAGGUGUGGGUUAACACGCCUCAUUACACUAAACCAUAACCCCUUGAAGAGAGGCAGAAGGUGUGCGGCUCAGCUUGGGUCAUCUAGAUGACGAACGAUGUUGUGGAACAAAGGGCUGAGAUCAUCUUUUGUGGCACUGCUGCAGCUCACAUUACUAUAUUAUGUAUCAGCUUUGCAAUAUUGAUGAAGUAUUAACAGCUUUAAAGCUUUAUUUCACUAUGCACAAUGUUAAUGGAAAUGUUCUGUGAACGAUAUAGCCCCCACCUUUUCUUCUUCUUUUUUUUUUUACGUCUUUAUUUAAAAAAAAAAAAAGCUUUUGGUUAAUUCAGUACCUUGUGUCUUGUAACUGUGACGCUUUGGGAAGGGUAAAUGUGGGAUUAUCUUGGAUUACCUCUAUACUAGGCAAAGUGUAAUCUUGUGUAUCGUGUGUUUUUAUUGUCUCUGAAUAAAUGCCGUUCGUUUUCUUCAAUAAAUGUUAAACGCGGUCCUCCUCCGUGA